ACGAGGCAGAAUGGGCGUCAAUGGGGAGCGGCCCCCAAUGGAAGCUGUGGGGCGAUGUGGGGCGGUGUGGGGCUGAGCCCCACCGCUCACUGCGCCCCCCCCCCCCCCCCCCAGAUCCGGGCCCCCCCGCGCUGGAGCGGCGUUUGCGGGCGGUGGAGGCGGAGGUGGCGGUGCUGAAAGCGGCGCUGGGGGACGCACUGCGGCGUAUCGGCCUCUGGGAGGGGCGGCUGCCCCACGCCAAUGGAGCCAUUCCGGAUCCCUUCACCCCACCGGACCCCACCGGGACCCCCCCACCCCCCCCCCCGCCGCCCCCCAUCCAUCAGCGUUGGGACGCAGACGGAGGAGACCCCCCCGGCAGAGCGGGGGGGGGCCCAGGAGCCGCCCCCCCCGGGGUCUCCCCCGUGCCCCCCCCCUCCAGCACCGUCCACGUCUUCCCCGGAACCAACGACCCCCGAAUCUCCCCCCCCCACGGCGACCCCCAGCCCGGCCCCCCCCGGGGCACGGAAAGAGCUCCUACGCAGGCACAGCUCCUCCUCCGGCAGCUGCAGCCCCCGCCGCCACCUCAGCAGGAAAGCGGCGUCAUCCGCCAACCUCCUGGGGAGCCCCGAGAGCCGCCCAAAGGAGCCCAUCAUGAGCCCAGGGUCACGCCGUGCAAACUACAACCUGGAGGGGGUCUCAGUGAAGAUGUUCCUUCGGGGCCGCCCCAUCACAAUGUACGUCCCUUCGGGCCAUGUGGGCUUCCGCCCCGAGCUGCCCCCCGAGCGCCUGCAGCUCGACUGGGUUUACGGUUACCGGGGCCGGGACAGCCGCUCCAACCUGCACGUGUUGGGCUCCGGGGAGCUCAUUUACUUCAUCGCCUGCGUCGUCGUCCUCCUCCACGUCCCCCUCCGCCGGCAGCGCCAUUACCUGCGGCACAGCGACUGCGUCCGCUGCCUGGCCGUGCACCCCGACCGUCUCCGCGUCGCCACGGGGCAGGCGGCCGGCGUCGACAAGGAUGGCAAACCUCUGCAGCCCGUGGUGCACAUCUGGGACUCGGCCACACUGCUGACGCUGCAGCAGAUCGGGUUGGGCAGCUUUGAGCGCGGCGUGGGCUCUUUGGCCUUCUCCUGCGCCGUGAGUCCCUCCCUCCAUCUGUCUGUCUGUCCCUCCUCCAUCCUUCUGUCCCUCUGUCCGUCCGUCUUUCUGUCCCCCUGUCCCCCUAUCCCUGGUCGUUCCAUCUGUCUGUCCGUUGGUCCCUCCAUCCUUCUGUCCCUUAGUACCUCCAUCCUUUGGUACCUCUGUCCUUUGGUACCUCCAUCCCUCCGUGCCUCUGUCCCUUGGACCCAUCAUCCUUCUGUCCUUCUGUCUUUCUGUCCCUCCAUCCUUCUGUUCCUCAGUCUCUGCUCCUUCCAUCCCUCCGUCCUUCUGUCCCCCGUCCUUCUGUCUCUCUGUCUCUCAGUCCCUGGUUCCCCCACCCUUCCAUCCUUUGGUCCCUCCAUUCCUCCACAUCCCUCCGUCCCUCGGUCCCUUUGUCCCUCUGUUCCUCCAUCCCUCCAUCCUUCGGUCCCUCCGUCCCUCCAUCCUUCGGUCCCUCCAUCCUUCGGUCCCUCCAUCCCAUGGUCCCUCUGUCCCUCCGUCCUUUGGUUCCUCCGUCCCUUUGUCCCUCAGUCCCUCCAUCCUUCGGUCCCUCCAUCCCUCAGUCCCUCCACCCCUCGGUCCCUCUGUCCCCCCGUCCCUCUGUCCGCCCCGCAGGACCAGGGCUCGUACCUCUGCGUGGUGGACGACUCCAACGAGCACAUGAUGUCGGUGUGGGACUGCGCCCGCGGCACCAAGCUGGCCGAAGUCAAGAGCACCAACGAGUCGGUGCUGUCGGUGGAGUUCAACCCCCAGGACAGCAGCAGCAUCAUCACCAGCGGCAAAUCCCACGUCUACUUCUGGACGUGGAGCGGGGCCACGCUCACCAAGAAGCAGGGGAUCUUUGGGAAAUAUAAGAAGCCAAAGUUCAUCCAAUGCUUCGUUUUUGAUGCUGCCGGGGAUGUGCUGACGGGGGACUCGGAGGGGAACAUCCUGACCUGGACGCGGGCGGGCGACGGGAGAGGAGUGGGGAAGGGGGGCAAAGAGACGUACCAGAUCGGGCAGCAGACGCGGGCACACGAGGGCAGCGUCUUCGCUCUGUGCCGGCGCCGCGACGGGACGGUGCUGAGCGGGGGGGGGAAGGACAGGAGGGUGCUGAGCUGGAGCCCCGCUCUGAGCCUCCUGCAGGAGGCCGAGAUCCCCGAGCGCUUCGGGGCGGUGCGGACCAUCGCGGAGGGGCCGGGGGAGGAACUGCUGGUGGGGACGACCCGCAACGCGCUGCUGAGGGGGACUCUGAGCGGGGGCUUCACUGCCAUCGUGCAGGGUCACACGGAUGAGGUGUGGGGUUUGGCCACGCACCCCACCCGCUGUCUGUUCCUCACCUGUGGCCACGACCGGCAGCUGUGCCUGUGGGACGGGCAGGAGCACGCGCUGGCAUGGAGCCUGGCCCUGGAGGACACCGGGCUGUGCGCUGAUUUCCACCCUGGGGGGCAGGUGGUGGUGGUGGGGCUGCUGACCGGGAGGUGGGUGGUGUUGGACACGGAGACGCAGCAGCCACUGGCUGGGGGGUCUGAUGGGAACGAGCAGCUCUCAGUGGUGCGCUUCUCCCCGGACGGUGCCUUUUUGGCCAUCGGAUCCCACGACAACGUCAUCUACAUCUACAGCGUCACCGAGGAGGGCCGCAGAUACAACCGCUUCGGGCGCUGCACUGGUCACUCGAGCUUCAUCACCCACCUGGACUGGUCUAAGGACGGCCACUUCAUCAUGUCCAACUCUGGGGACUACGAGAUCCUCUACUGGGACGUCGCCGGGGGCUGCAAACUCCUCCGCAACCGCUUUGAGAGCCGUGACCGCGAGUGGGCGUCGUACACGUGUGUGCUGGGCUUCCACGUCUUCGGAGUGUGGCCCGACGGCUCCGAUGGCACCGACAUCAACUCGCUGUGCCGCUCGCACCACGAGCGCCUGGUGGCCGUGGCUGAUGACUUCUGCAAGGUGCACCUCUUCCAGUACCCGUGUGCAAGGCCCAAGGCUCCCAGCCACGUGUACGGCGGUCACGGCAGCCACGUCACCAACGUGCGCUUCACCCACGACGACGGACACCUGGUGUCGCUGGGCGGGAAGGACACCGGCGUCUUCCAAUGGCGGGUGCUGGGGGGGCCCUCCCCGGAGCCGCGCUGAGGCCCUCCCCGUGCCGCCCCCCCCACCCCCAAAAUCAAACCCCGGGACCAAAGGGGCGCCGCCCCCCCCCCCCCC